CUGCCUCCUGCACCUUUUGCUCUUCUUCUUUUUCUUUCUCCUCCGCCUCGGAGGAGGAGGCGACCCUUCCUUCUGGCUCCCUGGCGAAAUUAACCCCCACGCGCGAGGAGUCCUAAUCGGAGCGCUCAGCCUCAGCGUCCUCACCAUGCCGAAAGGGAGGCGGGCCAAUCCAAGCACCACCCGGGACGGUAUCUGGUUCAAACAGUGUGAAAACCUGCAAAUAUAUCCAGAAUCUCUUACAGCUACAAUGCAAAAGCAGAUAUUUAAUAUAGAUGCCAAUUGUCAAACUGGAAAAAAUGUGCCACUGAUGUACAAAGAACGUGAGAAAGGACUAGGAGUAAGAAAAUUUCAAGACAAGCGUCAACACUGUUCGCAAAACUACUAUUUUUUAGCCCAUGAGCAAAUUCCUAGCAGCAAUGCCUACCAUUCUGUUUAUCAGAGUUCAUUUGUCCAAUAUCCAGAUAUUAAACAUUCCAUUCUAGGUCGCUUUCCUAAAAGCCAUAUUGAUAAAAGCAUUGCUCUACAUUCUGCACCUAAGAAUGAUUACAUGUGGUUUUCAAAAUUUUACACUGGUUCUAAUGAUAUAGCACCUACAGAAGCUACUAAAAGCUCAGAACCUGAAAAUCUUUCAACUGCUGAAGAAGAAGUAAAAUAAAUUUUCAGGUUUUCAUGCUUAUUUCAUGUAGGACUGAAAAAUACAUUUUUUUAAAAAACACAAGGGAUCCAAUCUUUCUUUGAAAUGAUUUCCAGAACCUAAAUGGCAUUAAAGUCAUGGCAAUUGGAUGAGUGGUUGUAUUUUAUUUUCUUAAAAGAUCAAUGCUGCCAUAGGAAAAGCAAACUUUUUAAUAUUGCUUUGAAUAUACAUUUAGUUUUCCCGUCUCAAGAUAAAUAUUAAAAUGUUUCACUUUAUUGUGAUAUCAGCUAGUUACUUCUAUUAUGCAACAGUUAAGGAGCAGACAUAGCACUUUAAGAAGUUGUAAAUAAGAGCCAUUUACAGAGAAGGUGAGGUUUACCUUUUAAUCAGGGCAAAUUGCCAGUGAGAACAGCCAGGCCAAGGCAGAGAAAUCCAAGAAUUGAAUCCAGGAUUAUAACCAGAUGUUCAAGUUGUCUGGCAAAGAGACAAGAACAACUCCCCAGUCAAUCAGACCUGGUAUCAGUUCUCCAUUUUGAGCCUUAGGUGUAUAGAAGGCCAUAACACUAGAGAUGCAUCUUAGCUUGCUCUCUCAUCUCUUAUACAGAAAACAUAAAGGGGGGAUUGAAAGCAUGGCAAUAAAAGACUUGGAAACUAUGAUCUGAAUGAUAGGAAACAUAAGGCAAGAAUAAAAUGAUGGGAGUAAAUAUCCCUAAUAAGAAAGCAAAGGAAGUGUGGACAACCAAGGUCAUUGUGAAUUGGCCAAAGAUUUUCCAUGCCUACUUGAGUUCUUGAAGGUUUAAUUGAUAAUACCUAUCAGUUAGUUACAUUAUCUCCCCUGAUCAAGACACUAAUCCAUGGACAUCAUUUGUUUUAUAGCUAUAUUCAUAAAAUUCAUUCUCACAACAAAGCAAAGUUCUAGGAAUACAUGAUUAUUGGACAUCAUAUUUUUUACAGUAAAGACUAUAUCAUCAGAUUCUUUAUUUUGCACAAUCUCAUUAAUUCUGCUGAAUGUUAUCAACUAUUGUCAACCACUGAGGACAUGUGCCAUCCAACUUCAAGGCAUUUUAAGUAAUUUUAAGUAAAUGAAUUUAGCUGAAUGCUUGAAUGUCUAUGGAGAUUCUCGGUCAUCCAGGUCAUGGUUGUCCCAAGAGGCAAUGGACUUUCUUGUUUUUCUCUGAAGAUGUUUUAUUUAUUUAUUUAUUUAUUUAUUUAUUAGAUUUUUAUACUGCCCUUCUCCCGAAGGACUCAGGGCGGUGUACAGCCAAUUAUAAAAAACAAUAACAAUAUACAAUUAAAACAAAAAUUAAAAAACUUAUUCAAUAGUCGGCCGAAAUUUAAAAUAAUUAAAUUUAAAAACCCUUAAAAUUCAUAAAAAAUACAACCCCAGUUAAAAAUAUUUAAAAAUUUAAGCCAGUCCCGCUUGAAUAAAUAAAUGCGUUUUCAGCUCGCGGCGGAAGGUCCGAAGGUCAGGCAAUUGACGCAAGCCAGGGAGGAGUUCGUUCCAAAGGGUAGGAGCCCCCACAGUUUCACUUCUCAUCCAAGAAGAAAAACAAGAAAGUCCAGUUGCCUCUUGAAAAAAGCACCUUUGGGGUUUAAUGAUUGAAAUAUCACUGUUUUCUCAUGGCUAGUUGCAAAAAUUGUCUUUGCUGAAGUUAGAAGCGUCACGGUUUUCUGUCUGAAGUAUACAACCAUGAAGAUGCAGUUAAGCCUUUUACACUUUUUGCCAAAAGUACUAAUGCAAGAUGAAUCAGCAAUAAAAUUCUAAGCCAAUGCAGAAGCAUCUCAUUUAAAUUAUGUGCUGUAUGCACACUCAGUGUAUUAAUUGUACACCGUUGGAUGAUAAACUUCGUUUUAUGGAAUAUUUCCAAAUGAAUGUAGUAUGUACCCUCAACAAAUAUGGUAAAAAUGGUGAUGAUGAUUUUCUUUCUAAAAGACUCCCUGUUGAGAUCCCUGUGUGCUGCUGCACAUUUUGAAACACAAAACAAUUAACAUUAUCACUAGAAAGUAACAAUUAACAUUAUCACUAGAAAGUAACAAAGCCAAGAGCAUGGCAUUGUUAAAAGGAAGUGAUUUCUUAUGUCAUCACUGAUUAAAGCAGCCUGUCUCUAUUGCAGUAUCAGAAUUUCCAGAGCUUUAGCCAAGAACUUCAUCCCUGAGCAGAUUCCAAACUAAAAUGCAUGCCAGUUACAUAGUAUGUGAAGUACUCCAUGCUGUUUGGCAUACUCAAGAGGGCAGUCUGGGUCCUCUGUGGAAGGAAAAAUACAUUCUUUUUACAUCUAUAAUAUUUAACUCAGGUUUAACAUUAUAAGUGAAUAUAGCAAGCCAAUUUAUAGCAGCAAGCAAAGAUUCCAAAUUACUUAAUUCUACCUAAUUCCCUGUAAUCUAGAUUUCAUAAAGAUUUUCAAUUUUAUAUUUCACUUGCACAAAAUUAAUGUAAAUCCCUGUUCAUUAGAUGAUACCCAUUCUAAUUAACAGGAUUAGACUAAUAUUUGUGCAUUGAAAAAUGAGUCUGAGCUUUGAUCUUAUGGAAGAUGGCAUUAGCAUCUUGAACUUGCAAAGCAGGACAAAAGGACCAUUGAUAAUAACCCAGAAUAAAGUGUAACAUUGAGAGAGAUUAUUGUGAGUAGAACAUAAUAAAUUAGCAUAUUACUACUUAUUUUUUAAUGGUACAAUAAUAUUAAGAUUUCUCACAUAUUUCAG